AUUCUCACCGGCGAUUCGGUUCCGGUACCGGUGAAUUUUCAUUAUUCACUAUAUCCAUUUAAGAGAGUUGUAUUAACAGAUUCCGGCGAAGUAUAGAGGAGACGGAGGGAUAAAGAAACUAUGAGUGUGUUUGGAGGAGAUAGCUGGGCGAGGGAAGCGCAAUGUAGGAAGAGAAGAGUCGAUGAAUUGAUGGUUGACAACAUCGAUUCUUCUGCUUAUAAGAAGCUCUCCAGCGGCAAAUUUGUCUGCAUCGUUUGCUCUCACCGUCCGGUCCUCGACACUCCCCUCAUGCUCUCUGUACAUGUCAAAGGUUCAAGCCAUCGAGCAGCAGAGUCAAGGCUUAGAGAAAGAGAAUUAGGGAGGCAAGAUGAGAUAAACAAGAGAAUAGCCUUGUCAGAAUGUGAUACUGCCACCUCCAAAACCUUGACAUCCAGCCAGUUAGGUAGAUCAGCAAGCAAACCACUGAUUGAAUGCACAAGGAAAGCUGCUCCUGACAUACUUCAUCAAAAUUUGGCACGAAGUACUGCUUCUCAAGGGAAUGAGAUCAAAUGUACCCAGGCUGAUACUACAAGUGUUCUAGCUAAUCAAAGAAAUAGUCAAUGUGUUCAGAUAGGAGUCACAACAAAUCAAACUAUCAUGUCUCAGGCAUACAACCAGGGACGACGAGAAAGGGAGCUUAAGUUCACAUCUGCUGGCUGGAAGCGUGAUGGCCAUGGGAAGUGGUUUAAGGAUGAAAAUGUAGAGUUUGAUUCAGAUGAAGAAGAUCCUAAUCUCUGCCUUCCAUGACUUUUUGUUUGAAAACAAGUAUGAUUAAAACUUGAUCUUUUUUCCUUUUCAGUAGUACUUGAAUGGAUGCCAAAACUAACUCUGUUACAGGUGUCCAUCACUAUGUAUCACUUCCCAUGCAAGGAGUUGAUUACUAGUUCCAUUCAAGUUCAAGGCAAUCCAGAUGUAUUCCAAUGUCUGAAUGUCCCUGUGAUUCAUGGUUAUGAUUCUUGU